AUAAUGAACUCGUUUGCUCUAUGAUUAAUAGCUUACGAGGCUAAAAGUAAUAAUAAUAAUCAUCAUCAUCGUCAUAAUAAUCAUUUAAGAGAAUGGGAAGAAACACUGGAAUCGCCCUUCGCUGACUUCUCUGAUGGUCUGGCAAUGGCAUGUCCAAUAGCCAAUAGAUUCUCCUCCGCAUUCGAUGAAUUCACAGGUGAACCGGGUGCAUGGUGGGCCCAGGUCCCUUGCUUGUCAUGCCUCCAUGGGCCCACACCAUGUCAGACACUGCACAAAGCACCUUGCUCCAGGAGCAUGAUAGAGUCUCUUCCCCAUAUAUGUGUUGACCCCAACUGAAUGAACCAAAUUGAACGUCCACCAUUGCCUCACUGACCAGCCGUCUCUCUUCCAUCUACGAGACAGACCAGGCACAGAUGGAGGAGAGAGAACAGGCCCUGCCGCUCCGGCAAUCUCCGAGGAUUAUUCUCCGACAUUGGUCUAUCGUUCUUGUACUCGUCGUCUUUGCCUCCCUGCCAUCGUGUCAGCCCUGGCCGAAGUUCGAUUAUGGGGAUGCGCUUGCCAAGAGCCUUCUCUACUUUGAGGCCCAACGCUCCGGCCGUCUGCCCCAUAGACAGCGGGUCACCUGGCGUGCCGACUCCGGCCUCACCGAUGGCCUCGAACAAGGGGUGGACCUGGUGGGAGGCUACUACGACGCGGGGGACAACGUCAAGUUCGGCCUCCCGAUGGCCUUCACCAUUACAAUGCUGUCGUGGGGCGUCAUUGAAUACGGUCAGCAGAUCGCGGCUGCCGGCGAGCUAGACCAUGCCCUCGAGGCCAUCAAGUGGGGGACGGACUACUUAAUAAAAGCCCACACACAUCCUCGCGUUCUAUGGGCUCAGGUUGGAGAUGGAUAUACGGACCACUACUGCUGGCAGAGGCCGGAGGACAUGAUGACGUCCCGGCAGGCCUUCAAGGUCGAUGAGGAGAACCCGGGAUCCGAUGUGGCCGGGGAGACAGCGGCUGCGAUGGCGGCUGCGUCCAUAGUGUUUAGGGAAACAAACCCACAUUAUUCCCACCUGCUAUUGUAUCAUGCACAACAGUUGUUUGAGUUUGCGGAAAAGUAUAGGAAAAAAUACGACGAGAGCGUGCCAACGGCAAAGGGGUAUUACCCGUCGGUGAGUGGGUACGGGGACGAGCUGUUGUGGGCGGCGCUGUGGCUCUACAAGGCCACCACCGACAGCUCCUACCUGGAUUUCGUGGCGGCAAACGCUUACUCCCUCGGUGGGAUCACUUGGGCCAUGUCCGAAUUCAGCUGGGACGUCAAGUACGCGGGCCUCCAACUCAUCGCUUCCACGCUGCUGGAUCAAGGAAAAGUCGAGGAGGAGCAACACAAGAGCGUAUUCAAGGAGUAUCGUCCAAAGGCGGAGUACUAUAUCUGCGCGUGCCUGAAUAGAAGCAACUCGACCAAUGUACGACGUACUCCGGGCGGCUUACUGUACAUCCGCAAGUGGAACAACAUGCAGUACGUAUCCAGCGCCGCGUUCCUGCUCACCGUUUACUCCGACCACCUCCGGUCCACCGGCCAGAAGCUGACAUGCAGCGGAGGAGGAGAACAACUGGGCCCGGAAGAGAUCCUCGGAUUCGUGAAAUCACAAGUCCAUUACAUCCUCGGCGAUAACCCGAUGGCCAUGAGCUACCUAGUCGGGUACGGAUCUCGGUACCCUCAGCGCGUGCACCACCGGGGUGCGUCCACGGAGUCGUACCGGAGGAACAAAGGCUUCAUCGGGUGCACGCAGGGGUACGAUAACUGGUUCGGGCGAAAGGGCCGCCCGAACCCGAAUGUCGUUGUAGGGGCCCUCGUUGGUGGGCCCGAUGAAACGGACCUGUUUAGGGAUGAAAGGUCGAAUUACAUGCAAACGGAGGCUUGUACUUACAAUACGGCGAUGUUAGUGGGCGUCUUGGCUAAGUUGAGGGGAUUAGAUGAAGAUCAUCUAUCUUCCGAUUCCAAUUCGCAGCCAUUAGUUUCUUUAAGCUGAUUAUUAUAUGACACAAAGACAUGCCAAAUUGUUUUAUACGGAGGAAAGGGGAAAAGGUCAUCGGCCAAUAAAAUACAAAUUUUCAUUGACAACCAAAAGGAAAGCCAUAUUUAUAAUUUCCGAUUCUUAUAUUGUACCAAUAUUAAGGAAAAUAGA